UUGUUUAUUGGGACUAAGACUCACCGCAGAAGAGAGACGAAGUGAAGAUCGGCUGGCUAAAAACGAGGUGUGAGCACCAAAUACAGCGGUUUUGGAGGUAGUGUAUGGAAGAUGUCUGGAAAGCGAGACUGGACUCCGUGGAUGAAAAAGAGAAGGGCUCCAGUGUUGUGUGCUCUGGGAGCAGUACUGCUGUGCUGCCUGCAGAGCGGCGCCUCUGUCUCCGACGAGGUUCCAGUGUUCACUGAAGAGCCCGCAUCAGUGGUGCAGAAGUUGGGAGGCAGCAUCAACCUGCGCUGCAGUGCCAGGCCCUCCUCUGCCAACAUAAGCUGGCGCCUCAACGGUCGGCAGGUGGUGGAUGGAGAUCCUGGGGUGGUGCUGGGCCCCAACAGCUUGUUUAUCCCCACACUCUCCAACUUGACUCUUGGCAGAUAUCAAUGUGUGGCCAGUACCGGCGCAGGAGCUCUGGCCAGUGUGCCUGCUAACGUCACCGCUGCCAAGCUGCGGGACUUCGAACCAGACGACCAGCAGGAAAUCGAGGUCGAUGAAGGCAACACAGCUGUUAUUGAAUGUCACCUCCCGGAGAGCCAGCCCAAGGCUCAGGUCCGCUACAGCGUCAAACAGGAGUGGCUGGAGACGUCUAAAGGGAACUACCUCAUCAUGCCAUCAGGGAACCUGCAGAUAGCCAAUGCCACGCAGGAUGAUGAGGGGCCGUACAAGUGUGCUGCAUACAACCCUGUCACUCAGGAGGUCAAAACCUCCAGGUCCGCUGACCGCCUUCGCAUACGCCGCUCCACGUCAGAAGAGGCUCGUAUCAUUUACCCGCCGGCAUCCCGUUCCAUCAUGGUGACCAAAGGCCAGCGGCUGGUGUUGGAGUGUGUGGCCAGUGGCAUCCCUACUCCACAAGUCACCUGGGAAAAGGAUGGGCAGGACCUGCGUUUCCAUAACAACACACGCUUCCUACUCAGCAACCUGCUGAUUGAUGCAGUGGGCGAAAGCGACUCGGGAACUUACAUUUGCCAGGCUGACAACGGCAUCGGCUUGGCCAAGUCUGCCACGGUGCUCUACGACGUGCAAGUUUUUGAGCCUCCACAGGUGACGGUGGAGCUGCAGCAGCAGGAGGUUGUGUAUGGAGAGACGGUGCGCUUCACCUGCCAGGUCCGAGGUAGGCCUGCACCCACCGUGAUGUGGCUCCACAAUGCCCAACCUCUUUCCCUGUCUCCUCGCCACCGCCUGACCCCAAAGGGGCUUCGAGUCUCCAACGUGGGCCCUCAGGAUGAUGGGCUGUACCAGUGCAUGGCUGAGAACGGAGUGGGCAGCUCACAGGCCUCUACUCGCCUAAUCACAAUAUCAACUGGGAUUUCAUCCAGAGGGAAGCUGCCCUCAAUCUAUCGGCCGCUCAGUCCAGAUAAAGUCCUGAGAGAGCAACCGCCUGUGAGGCCAGGGAUCUCGGGCGCCAUGUUGCCUCUAGACUGCUCUGAGCUGCCGGGACAGAUCCUGCCUGCAGAAGCACCCAUCAUCCUCAGCCAGCCACGCACCGGAAAGGCUGACUACUAUGAGCUGACCUGGAGGCCGCGGCAUGAGCGUGGUGCCCCUGUGCUAGAGUACAUGGUCAAAUACAGAAAGGUGGGAGACCCUCUAGCAGAGUGGACUUCCAGCAGUAUCUCAGGCUCUCUCCAUAAGCUGACCCUGGCCAAACUGCAGCCUGACAGCCUGUAUGAGGUGGAGAUGACUGCCAAGAACUGUGCAGGCUUGGGACAACCUGCCAUGAUGACCUUCAGAACCGGUAAAAGACGCAAAGGUCUAGGACAAAUUGAUCCACCAAAAACUCCUGCAGUUCCUUCACCAAGCCUCUCUCCUCCCGAGGCCCCAGACAAGCCCACGGUCUCCACAGCAACGGAAACGUCAGCGUACGUAACUUGGAUUCCUCGUGGCAACCGCGGGUUCCCCAUCCAGUCUUUUCGGGUGGAGUACAAGAAGGUGAAGAAGGCAGGAGAGGACUGGGUGACGGCGGUGGAAAACAUCCCCCCAUCGCGGCUCUCAGUGGAGAUCACCGGCCUGGAAAAAGGUACUUCCUAUAAGUUUCGUGUUGUGGCGGUGAAUGUGAUCGGUUCCAGUCCUCCCAGCGCCCCAUCAAAGGCGUACACAGUGGUGGGUGGGAGAACCCAUGAACGCCCUGUCGAUGGACCUUACAUCACCUACAACGAAGCCAUUAAUGAGACCACCAUCAUUCUCAAAUGGAAGUACACUCCCGUAAACAACACGCCCAUCUACGGCUUCUACAUCCUUUACCGGCCGACAGACAGUGAUAAUGACAGUGACUACAAGAAGGAUGUGGUGGAGGGAGAUAGAUAUUGGCAUUCGAUCACAGACCUGCAACCGGAGACCGCCUACGACAUCAAGAUGCAGAGCUUCAACGAGAAGGGAGAGAGUGAAUUUGGCAAUGUGGUGAUCCUUGAGACGAAAGCUCGUUCUAAUCAGCACCGGCCUGCUCCAUCAGAAGUCCCAGAGCCAGGGCCUGAACAGAAGGGCGGGCUGGUUCCUAGGCCGGGCGACCUCCCCUAUCUCAUAGUUGGUAUUGCCCUGGGAGCCUUCGUCUUCAUCAUUGUGGCCUUCAUCCCUUUCUGUCUCUGGAGGGCUUGGGCUAAACAGAAGCAAACGUCCGACUUGUGUUUUCCCACUGUGGCCACCCCCGUGUCGUCAUGCCAGUACACCAUGGUUCCCCUUCAGGGGCUUGCUCUAGUUGGCCAUUGCCCGCUGGACGCCCACAUGACUGCUCCACAUGGCGUCUACCCCCCUAAUGGGGAAUACAUACCGAAUGGCAAACCACACCACCCCACUCACUGCCUGCCUCCUGGGCUGCAGCAGGAGGAGGUGGACUGUGAUAUGGAGUGUGACACAUUGUUGCCACAGACAGUUUCAAAUGGACAUCUGCCGGUCUACCACUACUCCAAUGGUGGUCCUGGUCAUCAUGAACAUACUUGCUUCCCUCCUGAUGAUUCCACUCUUCAGCUCCUCGACUCUUCCCAUCAACUCGUCAGUUCACAGGAACUGGGAGAUGACAGCAGUUUCUGUGAUGAGGAUAAAACAGAGGAGGACAUCAUUCAAAAGCCGGGGUCCUUUCAUCUUCUAUCCCUAGAAGACGAAGGAAUCUUCACCACAUCAUCUUCAACAGCCACAACGCCACAAUCCCAAGAUAUAUCAAUACAGGGAGUGAACAUCCUCCCAAGUGAAGCGUUCCCUGAGGACGAAGGGACAGACAACACAACGGAUGCAUAAGAGACUGUUAAACAGAAGAAAACAAGAGAAAAUAUUUAUUUUUGUAUCACAGAUAUUUAUAUAUUUAUGCUUUUGUACAUAAGUGUUUGAUUAUACUGUAUAUAAGGUUAUUUUCAUAUUGAAAAAAGACUUUUAAUUCAUGAACCCACUCCCUUACUACAUCAUGGACAAAAGGAGUACCAUGUUGUGAUGCUGAACUCUAUUCUGCAUUUCCUGAGGAGGUAAAUAAGUUUGAGACGUAAUUCCUUGCAUGAAGAUCAGUCAGGGGCUUCUUCUCAGUUCAGCACUUCAUACCCUCCUCACUCCUCAUUUCAUUCCUCACAGACCCCCAUCCUCAAUGUUUGGACCUUAGGUACUUAGCUUUACAUACAACAGAGACAAAGGGACCAUUCAACAGAAAGUCUGAUGCUGUUAUUAUGAGGUGCUUCUUUGCUGUUUAGUUCUGUUGCUUUAUCACGUGUUCAAAAUACAACUGUUCGUCUGUCAUUUUGU